AUGUCUCAGCUUCGCUAGCCGGAGUAGAAGUGGCAGGAACACGGCACCAUUUACUAGCAAUUAGCUCCCGGUUCAUUCAUCUACCGAAACUACUGCAAACAUGCAGGAAUGGGCCAAUCAGUUAUGCGAGAAUCGACAAUUUGGAUCCAAGAUGACGGACUCAAAGUACUUCACCACUACCAAGAAAGGGGAGAUCUUUGAGCUCAAGGCAGAGCUGAACAGUGAUAAGAAGGAGAAGAAGAAGGAGGCCGUAAAGAAAGUCAUUGCAUCUAUGACAGUGGGCAAGGAUGUCAGCGCUCUGUUUCCAGAUGUUGUGAACUGCAUGCAGACGGACAACCUGGAGCUGAAAAAGCUGGUCUACCUCUACCUGAUGAAUUACGCCAAAAGUCAGCCAGACAUGGCUAUUAUGGCUGUUAACACAUUUGUGAAGGACUGUGAAGACCCCAACCCUCUCAUUCGCGCCCUCGCCGUUCGCACAAUGGGCUGCAUUCGUGUGGACAAGAUCACGGAGUACCUCUGUGAACCGCUGAGGAAAUGUCUCAAGGACGAAGACCCCUAUGUGAGGAAGACAGCCGCAGUGUGUGUAGCAAAGCUCCAUGACAUCAACGCCCAGUUGGUGGAGGACCAGGGUUUCCUGGACACCCUCAAAGAUCUCAUCUCUGACUCCAACCCCAUGGUUGUAGCAAAUGCAGUGGCAGCGCUGUCUGAGAUAGCAGAGUCUCAUCCCAACAGUAAUCUCCUGGACCUGAACCCUCAGACCAUAAACAAGUUGCUGACAGCUCUUAAUGAGUGUACAGAGUGGGGGCAGAUAUUCAUUCUUGACUGUCUUGCAAAUUACACACCUCGUGAUGACCGCGAGUCCCAAAGCAUCUGUGAGCGUGUCACUCCAAGACUUUCCCAUGCCAACUCUGCAGUGGUGUUGUCAGCAGUUAAAGUUUUAAUGAAGUUCAUGGAGAUGCUGCCCAAAGACUUGGACUACUAUGGCACCCUGCUGAAGAAGCUUGCCCCUCCUCUGGUCACUCUGCUCUCUGCUGAGCCCGAGUUGCAGUAUGUGGCACUUAGAAACAUCAACCUCAUUGUCCAGAGACGCCCGGAGAUCUUGAAACACGAAAUGAAGGUUUUCUUUGUCAAAUACAACGACCCGAUCUACGUCAAACUGGAGAAGCUGGACAUCAUGAUUCGCCUAGCAUCCCAAGCCAACAUUGCCCAGGUGCUGGCUGAGUUGAAGGAGUAUGCUACCGAGGUGGACGUGGACUUUGUGCGCAAAGCGGUCAGAGCCAUUGGCCGCUGUGCCAUCAAAGUAGAGCAAUCAGCAGAGCGCUGCGUGAGCACCCUGCUAGACCUCAUCCAGACCAAGGUCAAUUAUGUGGUGCAGGAGGCAAUUGUAGUCAUCAAGGACAUCUUCCGCAAGUACCCCAACAAGUACGAGAGUGUGAUUGCCACUCUGUGUGAAAACCUGGACUCCCUGGAUGAGCCGGAGGCACGCGCUGCCAUGAUCUGGAUCGUGGGAGAGUACGCCGAGCGCAUCGACAAUGCUGACGAGCUGCUGGAGAGCUUUUUGGAGGGUUUCCACGACGAAAGCACUCAGGUGCAGUUGCAACUACUGACUGCGAUUGUCAAGCUGUUCCUGAAAAAGCCUACAGAGACCCAGGAGCUGGUACAGCAGGUGCUAAGCCUAGCCACGCAGGACUCCGAUAACCCAGACCUUAGGGACAGAGGCUACAUCUACUGGCGCCUGCUCUCCACAGACCCUGUGGCUGCUAAGGAGGUCGUCCUGGCCGAAAAGCCCCUCAUCUCCGAGGAGACGGAUCUGAUUGAGCCCACGCUGCUGGAGGAGCUUAUCUGCCACAUUGGUACUCUGGCCUCGGUGUACCACAAGCCCCCCAGCGCCUUCGUUGAGGGCAGCCGCGGCGUUCAGCACAAGAGGCUCCCCGGCAGUUCCGGAUCUGGUGAGAGUGUCGAGAGCCCAGACGCAGGUUCUGCUGCUGCAGUCACGGAUGCACCCCCCGCUGUCAUCCCGUCCCAGGGAGAUCUCCUGGGAGAUCUUCUCAACCUCGACCUGACGCCUCCCGCCACCACUGGACCUCCACCACCAGCCUCCUCAGGCAUGCAGCUGGGAGCGAUGGACCUUCUCGGAGGAGGACUGGACAGUCUGAUGGGGGAUGAGUCUGAGCCGCCGCCCAUUCCCCUGCGGACGGACACUCCUCAGUCACCUCAGCCCCUACAUCAGUCCCCAUCGCCCCCAGAUUACAGCCCCACUGAGCUCGGUGGUGAUCUCGGAGGAAGUCCAGCUAUGGGAGCUGGUUUUGGUGCUCCUCCUCCAGCUGCAAUGCCGGCCUCUUUCAGCGCCCCUGUCAGCGGUGGUCUGGACGACCUGUUUGAUCUUGGAGGUGGAGUCGGUAUGCCCACGGGAGCCUACAGCCCUCCCAAAGCAAUUUGGCUUCCAGCCAUGAAGGCCAAGGGUCUGGAGAUAUCAGGCACCUUUGCCCGUCGCUCUGGGGUCAUCCAAAUGGAGAUGACCCUCACUAACAAGGCUAUGAGCGUCAUGACUGAUUUCGCCAUCCAGUUCAACAGAAACAGCUUUGGUCUCACUCCCGCUGGUCCGCUCCAGGUCCUGACUCCUCUCAGCCCGAACCAGAGCAUCGAAGUGGCUCUUCCCCUCAACACCGUGGGGCCUGUUAUGAAGAUGGAGCCUCUCAAUAACCUGCAGGUGGCUGUUAAGAACAACAUUGACGUAUUCUACUUCAGCUGCCAGUACCCCAUCAGCAUGUUGUUUGUAGAGGACGGCAAGAUGGAGCGGCAAGUUUUCCUCGCUACAUGGAAAGACAUUCCUAAUGACAACGAGUCCCAGUUUCAGAUCAAAGACUGCCAUCUCAGCUCAGAUGCAGCCUCCAACAAACUGCAGGGUAGCAGCAUCUUCACCAUAGCCAAGCGUACAGUGGACGGUCAGGACAUGUUGUACCAGUCCAUGAAACUCACCAACGGCAUCUGGGUGCUGGCCGAGCUGAGGGUGCAGGCGGGAAACCCAAAUUACACAGUCUCUCUGAAGUGCAGAGCCCCAGAGGUUUCCCAGUGUGUGUUCCAGAGCUACGAGGCGGUGCUGAAGAACUGAACAGACGCGCUCACAUGGACCCGGCCGCUGCUCUCACAGACACCUCUUCUUGCGCUUUGUCACCUGACCCACGAAACAUAUUACAAGCUCACACAGCGCAGGUGCCACUUCCUGCUGUGUUCGGCCUGGACUCUGCUGUAGUCUGUAUGUCAUCCAUACAUUUAAUUGGGACUGUUGUUGAUCUCUCGUCUCAUUUUUGAACCUUUUGCCAUUUCCUCCUUCACCACUGGGUAGAUAUUUGAGUCGUUCUUUUGGCUGGCCUUCUCCGGUUUCCCCUUUCGGCACCACAUUUUAAUUUCUAAAUUCUCAGAGAGGUUCAUUCAUUCUCCCCUUCCCAUCUUUAUCCCUUCAGGGGGACUGUGUGACUUCCAACCCUCUGUUUGUUUCUCUGCAUGAGGCUCUUUAAUCAUUUUCUAGCCCCGUUUCUCUGCGAAUCAGUCUGUGAAUAGCAUCUGCAAUCAGCGGGCCAAUCACCACUUUCGGCAUAUUUAUUUGCGGGCAAUUUCAAUUAAGACCAGGUAGAAAAAAGGCUGUAACUUUCCCUCUGCCUGUGUGAAGUGGGUGUUUGCUCUGUGGGCCUUAAAAGAGACACAUACAUACCUAAAAAAAAGAGAAAAAACUACACUAUUGUUGUCUUUGUCAUUUUAUAGAGUUUUUCGUUAGUAUCUGUGUUAAGCAGUGGGGAUGCCUGGUGUGUGCUGUGUGCAUGGAAACUGUUGCCGUGUGUUUCUUUAAUUUUCACAUCAAUAUUUUGACGUUUUAUAGAUUAGCAGCAGCUUUCCGCUGACUGCUCUGUUACCGAGUCAUUCCAUAGUUUAAUUUGUGUUUGUGGUCUUGUUGUUGUGCUUGAGGCGAACGGGCCGAGAGCCUCGGGUGGGGGGGGACAUUUGAUAUCUGCUGCUUCCUCCUGCGUCACGGGCAGCCACUUGGCCUCUCUGCCACUUCGCUCCCUCCGCAUCCUCUUGAGCUCCACGGCCACCUGAGAUGAAGGCUCAGGUGAAAUAAACUGAUGUCAAGGUUUGAAACACUUCUGAGUAAUGAGCGCGUAUGUAUGUGGGUAGCACGGCGCCUUAGCUGAGGCUGAGGCACAACAACAUCCAGCGCGUCCCCGUUUCACCUGCACACUCUGCAGAUUAAUUGGAUUCCUUUUAACACUGAAGCCCUUUCUAGCGGCUCUACAGGAUGAAUGCACCUACGCUUACACCUUUUACAAAUUCCAACGGUAGAGGCUGUGUGUUGUGAGUGUGUAUUCUGAGUAUGCGUCUUUGUGUGCGGUGACGGCUGAUUCAGAUGAAAUGCUGUACAAAAAUAAAAAAAUCAAAUGUUUAAUCAGAUGUUUUUGAUUGACAUCCCUUUGUUCAUUGUGUGUAGAUCAUUGGGGGAAGAAAAAGAACUAUUAAAAGUCUUGAUAAAUUCA